AUGGACUCCAGAGAUGUCUACAAACGGAUGCGAUCUAUUCUUGAAUUUGAGCUCGAUAAAAGAAUAUCCUUGCUCAAAGAGAAAGUUCGUGAUCGAGAUCUCCGCAUUGAAGCCAUCACCGCUCUCCGGAAUCUAUACACACUUCGCAUUGCCAGUAUAUAUGUCGACGGAGCUACACACAACUUUGCAUCAGAAGUUUUAACUCGGAAAGACAUCGACAAUAUUCAUAGGGAUAUUUUGAACAUCCAACACAUACCUCAUCCAUUUUUGAAUGAUGUUUAUGACAUCGUUUGCACUCCCGAGGCAAAUAUUUGUGAAGUUAUCUCAUACUUUUUCAGAGGGGGGGCCAUUGCACCCGCUUUGUUGAAUAAGAUAGUCAAAGAUGUUUCUCAAGCAAACAUUGCUUGGCAAAUUGUUCGUCUUGACGCUCUCUUAGGAGGGGUUCGAACCCGUUUGUCUGAGGAAUGGGAGAGGAUCAACUCUAGGCUGCGUAUUGGUAUAGCAGUUUAG